AUGUCGAUAGAGAUCAAGCCAGGCAUGCAUGUACUGAUUACUGGCCCAAACGGAUGUGGGAAAAGCUCGUUGUUUCGAUUACUUGGUGGACUUUGGCCAGUGUAUCGCGGUAGAGUGAAGAGGCCAUUUGUGGAUCGCAUGUACUACAUUCCACAACGCCCUUAUAUGACUCUUGGCACUUUACGGGAUCAGGUUAGACCUUGGCUAGUUCAAUUUCGAAUAAAGUGGUAA